GGUGGAAGAAGUUGAGAACCGUUAAUGCGUUAAUGCUGAAAUUGAUACGUUCCCGUGUUCCCGUCAACUUUUCCGUGGUUUUCCGCAGAUAUUCGUAGACGUGACACUCCUACAAGAGGAAGAAAUUGGUUUUAUCAUACUAUUAUCUUUAUAGGGCAAUGAACUUUGUUACCUUGUAUAUUGUAAAUACGAAAGAGUGUUUCUGACUUGGUCAUUCUUACAGUAUGAUAAUUUUACUGCAAGUCUAUUAAUCGUGUUGUGAAAACAAAGAAUUUUAUACAUAACUAAAAAUGGCAUGGACGCGUUACCAAUGUAUUUUAGCUGUGUUGAUGGUUGUUACUGGAUCAUUUAAUACUUUGUCUGUGAAAUUUGCAGAUAAACAAGUUGUACCAAGUGAAGAUGGAGAAGCUAGACAUUUUAAUCAUCCUUUUAUGCAGUCUUGCUUCAUGUUUGUAGGAGAGAUGAUGUGUUAUCUAUUAUUCAAAAUUGUUUAUUGUUAUUAUAGUCGAAGAGGUGAUAGAUCUGUGCAGAAUAAUCCUUUGACUAAAGGCUCAUCUACAUUUAAUCCUUUUAUUUUACUUAUUCCUGCAUUAUGCGAUACAUGUGCUACAUCUAUUAUGUAUAUUGGCCUGAAUAUGACAUAUGCAAGUAGUUUUCAAAUGUUGCGUGGUGCUGUUAUUGUAUUCACUGCUGUGCUUUCUAUGGGUUUUCUUGAGAGAAAACUAGGUAUCCGAGAGUGGAUUGGUAUAGCAAUGGUUAUAAUUGGUUUAGCUGUUGUUGGAUUCAGUGACAUAAUUAAUGCAAAAGAUUCAGAAGUUGACAGCAACUCUGUUUUAACUGGAGACUUACUUAUUAUAUGCGCACAGGUUAUAACUGCUGUUCAAAUGGUGAUAGAAGAAAAAUAUGUAACUGGACAAAAUAUACCAGCACUUCAAGCAGUUGGUUGGGAAGGUAUCUUUGGAUUUAUUAGUAUUUGCCUCUUAAUGAUUCCUCUUAAUUUUAUACAUGCAUCACCUCCAUUUGCUGACAAUUCUCAAGGGACACUUGAAGCCACUAAAGAUGCUUUUAUUCAAAUUGGAAAUAGUAGUAAUUUAUUGAUGGCAAUAGUUGGCAUUGCAUUUAGUAUAGCUUUUUUCAAUUUUGCGGGCAUCAGCGUUACCAAAGAAAUGAGUGCUACUACAAGAAUGAUUUUAGAUAGCGUUCGAACUUUAGUUAUAUGGGUUUUCUCUUUAGCAUUGGGCUGGCAAUAUUUCCAUUACUUACAGGUUAUUGGUUUUGCUGUGCUCCUCAUUGGAAUGUCAUGUUAUAAUAAUAUCAUUAUCCCUCAAUUAGUAAGAAAAUGUAUAUAUCAGAUAGACCGACAUAGACGACCUCCCAGUGACCGAAUCAUUAAUGUAGUGGCAGAGGAUCCUCCAGAAAAUAUGUGAUAUUUAUAUUGCUCUUCGAAUUCACUCGAAUGUUAACCGUUUCGUGAUAUUAAAAACUAUUCUAUGUAGUUUUUGUAAAGAACGGUAAAGCCUGUGAUCUUAUCGAUAUACAAAAUUAGCCUUGCUUUGUAAGAUUGAUUAUCGUAUUUUUAUGGUUAUCAAAAGAUUAUUAAAAUUAAUAACAUUAGCAAUAAUCUCUACCAAUAGAAAUUAAUUGAAAUACAAAUUCGAAAAUUUACUAUAUGAAAUAAGUAUUUUUGCAGGUUUUUAUGUAAGCAUACUAUACGAAUAUAUCAGUCAUUUUACAGGUGCUUUGUACUUCCGUUAAAAUCUAUACAUAAUAUCCAAUACUAAUCGUUCCUAGAAAAAAUAUUUUGAAUGCUAAUUAGUAUACAUAAAAAUAUUAUUUCACCGUUAACAUAAGAAUUAAAAAAUUAAUGUUUAAUAAAAUAUUGAAAUUUGUAAUAAAUUUGCGGACAUAAUUAUUGUAACUGAAAUGCGAAUAUUUGACAACUACUUACUUUUUAUUCUAAUUAAGCACAUUAAAUCAUAUAUUUUAUCAUGGUAUUCUUUUGUUCUUAUACUAUGUGAAUAAUAUUGCAAAAUAAUCUUUAUUCCUUUAUUUCCAUUUUGUAUUAUUAAGAUAUUACAUCUUUUAUUUAUGAAAAUACUGACACAAGGCAACCAUUCCCUACAUUUUAUCUACAAUUAACAUAGUAUUAGAUUUCAAGGUUUCAGUAUGACUAAAUAAGAAGUUAAGGAUAAUGCUUAAAUAUUGAACAUAUUUUAUUAUUUUGCAUACUUUAUACGUAAAUCAUAAACUACCUUGUGCAAAGAAUUGUUGAUGUAGCAUAUACACAUAUAUAAUAUGUGCGUACCAUCACAUUUUUUUUAUACACACGUAUGUAAUGGUAUACACGUAUGCGUACACAUACAUGAUUAAACCCAUCUAAUAGAAAGCUCCUCAAAUAAUAUACCUUCAUUUAUCGGAAAAAAUAUAUUUUGUGCUAUCUUAGAUAAAUUACGCCAAUAAAACCUAAUCUAUUAGUACUGCACAUUGGUCGGCAAUUAAUCGUCGAAUCUUUCCGAUUUGUGUCCCACUUUUUGGCUAAAUAAAAAAUGCUCUAUGGAAUGUUUAAUUAUAUGAAUAAUAUUUGUUAUUUAACGUGUGUCUCAUUCUUUAUAAAUUACUGUCGACAUAAAACCUUUGAACCGCGGUUUCAUCGAAUACAACUUCGAUCCGCGACAAUGAAUAUAUUCAUAGUAUAUUAUACGAUAGCUCACAAGCAUCUGUUCUAAAAAUUAAUCUGUCUUUUACGGCUAUGAGCUAGCACGUAUAACAUGACCAUUGUAACUAUCUAAACUUUAAAUGAAUUCGUAACAUUUAUUAUGCGUUUACGACAGACAAUGCAAAUGAAAGAUGAAUUCAAUUAUAUUGUUCCGGCAAUACAUAGGAAAUGUCAUCCCAAGGAUGUCUGUAUAGGCCUUGUUUCAAUCUCUUUUGAUCCAUAUAAUGACC